AUGGGCAUUUCACUCUGGUUGUGUCCGUAUGGGCACUCUAGCGAGUAUGAGACGUUCAAGACACUUAUAGGCUCACUCCAGACGCUGUUUCCCAAUGCGCCGUUGUUUGAGCCGCAUGUGACGGUUUGUAGCGGGCUUUCGUGCGAGAAUAUGGAAGAAGUGCACAAGGUGCUUGAGAUGGCUCACCAUGCGAUAAAUGCGGUCAAGAGCAAGGUGGAUGAGGCGCAUCCGCUUGUGGAAUUUGACAGGUUCAUCAUUGGGAAGCACUAUUUUGAGAAGUGCAGACUCGAGUGCAAGCCCAAUUCGAUGUUAUACAGUCUAGCGAAACUUAUCCGGGCAAUGUUUGUUGGGGAAUUGGACAUCGAUACGUGGUUGUUCGAGGAGUUCCACCCACAUAUGUCGUUAGCGUACUCUGAUAUAUACCCUAUGGACCAGGCGAUGAUACGGUUGAUCAGACAGCGGAUUGAAGAUCUUUUUGAUGUUGGGAUGGAAGAGGCUUCGGAGUCUCAUCGCCGUGACCAAAGUACGUACUAUUUGCAGAAUACUUUGAAGGGCUGGUCGUUCCCGCUGACAUUCAAGGUGGUAAAAUGCGAGGGUCCUGUGGAGGAGUGGGAGGUGCUAUCGGAGGUUACGGUGCAUGCCUGA